ACACGAGAUCUCGUCCCACGCCUGUGCUACAGCAUCGACCCAGCCUCUCUGUUAACCACAGUCCCCGCGCCUCCAUCAGCCCAACAAUGCCCCUUCGGUAACCCAACCCAGCGAUCCGGCACUCCCCCGGACCGGACAAAAUGUGGAUCCCGCUCCCUGGACCCCUGCUACUCCUCACUCUGACUUCCACCCUCGUCCAGCCUGUCUACUCACAAUGCCCCAUUUACACAAACUACGCCUACCACAAGCAUCUUCCCUUGUCGGAGGGCAAAUGGCAGUUGGCAUCUAUGCGGCCUAUCCCGCCAUGCCGCACGUUCAAGAGCCAAGAAGUCGAGGACACGAUUGAGCGACUGCGCAAGGUGAUUGUAGAUCCGGAUCUGUUCAGAUUGUUUGAGAAUACGUGGCCGUCGACGCUGGACACGACAAUUGCGUGGACAGGUGUUGCGAACAAGAGCGUGAUAGUCGAGCUGGAUCCCGUGAUGAACAAAACAACCACCUGGGAUGCGUCCCACAAGUUCCAGCUCACCCCGCAAGACGUGAAGAAGUUGGAGGAAGAUAACGAAGAAGAGCUGAGUUUCGUAAUCACGGGUGAUAUAGAGGCCAUGUGGCUCCGCGACAGCGCAAACCAGCUGCAAGCCUACACCUCCGUCCUGCGCGCCUCAAGCAAAAGAGGCAGUCUGGCAAGUCUGUUCAGGGGUGCGAUUAAUCUCCAAGCUCGCUAUAUCCUCGGCGACCCCUUCUGCAACGCCUUCCAAGCCCCCGUAGAAAGCAAAAUCAUGCGCAAGAGCUCUGCAAACAGCGACACCAUAUCCCCGCCCUACGACUACAUGACCGUCUUCAGCUGCCAGUGGGAGCUCGACAGCGUAGCCUCCUUCCUGCAGCUCUCGGCCGACUACUUGCGGAUGACGGGCGACGUUGCAUUCUUCGGGAAACACGCCUGGGUCAGCGCUGUCAAGAAAGUGCUGGAGAUCACGGAGGCGAUGAUGAUAGGCAGCUACGACGCAGCAGGAAACUGGCAGCACACGCCAUACACGUACUGCGCGCCCUACGGCGGCACGCCCAUCAACGACUGCAAUGGCAGUCCGCACCGCGCGGUCGGGCUGGUACGAAGUUUCCAGCGCCCGAGCGAUGAUAGUUGUAUCUACCAGUACCUCGUCCCGAGCAACAUGAUGUACGCUGUCGCGCUCAACGCCUCUUUGCCCAUCAUGGCCGCCGUUUCGCCCCGGGGUUCCAACCUCACAGCCUGGAUGCGCAACAUGUCGUCGACCAUCACGACCGCUAUCCAGGCGCACGCCAUCGUCAAGGAUCCCAACCACGGCCCGAUAUAUGCCUACGAGAUCGACGGCUACGGCUCCGCCAUCCUCAUGGACGACCCAAACGUCCCGUCGUUGCUUUCCGCGCCCUUCCUGAAUUUUACAUCCGCAACCAAUCCCGUCUAUGCGAACACGCGGCGCAAGAUCUUGUCCAGGGAUAACCCGUACUACGCGUGGGGCCCCGUGAUCUCGGGCGUGGGGAGUAUGCACACCCUACCCGGACGCGCGUGGCCGAUGGCGAACAUCAUGGCCAUUCUUACUUCUGACGACGACAAUGAGAUUAUGAGGAAUCUGAGGUGGCUGGUGCAGAGUACGGAUGGGUAUGGGCUGAUGCACGAAAGCGUGCACGCGCACACGGCGGGGGUGUGGAGCAGGCAGUGGUUCAGCUGGGCGAACGGCCUGUUCGGGCAAGCCAUCCUCGAUCUCGAGCGCCGCAAACCCUGGAUUCUGAGGAUGGGGUUCCAGUGAGCGAGACCAGCAGCUGCAAGGAGAGCCUGGACAUCUAGCCGCGCUCCCCCAGCGUCUCGCCGUUCCUCACAAAUCCGAAGACGCAGCCCCGAGUCAUGCGCGCCAGCCUACGAACCUGCCUCUGUAUCUCCUCCGCCCCUCCGCCCCGCCACCCCCACCUACCAUCCCACACCGAAGGCGGAGUAGACAGGAGCGUUUUUGCAGCUCAAGCCGGGCGAAUUUCUGAGGGGUCCUCGGUGGACCUGGACUUGAGACGGUUAGUGUGCACAUGUCAGGUCAGGACUGAAUGCAGUGGGUCAAACCAGAGUGGGACUUGAUGUGAAUGGACGCUUGUGCUAGGAAAUGUCAAGUUUGCACAUUGCGGUCCAUAGUUCGUCGCCUUGACGGGACGUGGAUCACACGUCUAGUAUGUUUGAGUAUCUUGUUCACGGCCAUCCCAAUCAGGAUGUCUUCAUAACUUUUUGGUAUC